AUGCCCUUUGAACUAUCGGCAAGGAGAGAAAAGCCAAUUGAAACGCCCGUCAGAUAUACUCUCGGAAUUGAAAUUGUCAGUCUCAUCGUCGGACCGAACCGAACAGAAGUUACAGUGCACAAGAGGCUCAUAUGCGACUCCUGCGAUUACUUUCGAAAAGCUUUGGAUGGGCCAUUCUUGGAAGGAGUCGAGGGAAAAAUCUACUUUACAGAUGACAGCUCGGAUGCCCUCUACUUGUUGUCGGAGAAAUGGUGCUUUUACGAUCUUGGAAAUGUUGUUAUCGAUGUUAUUAUACAGUUCUUUUGGAUAUCGGACCGUACACCCAGUUAUGUCAACCAUUUACUACCAGAAGUGGUCAGUCACAUUUGGAGCCACACUGAAGAGCAUUCGCCAUUGAGAGGACUUUGCAUCAAGAGAUUAGCCUGGAUUCAUCACGAUGAUUAUAGACUUAACAUCAUUCCUGGUAGAGAAAGGUUGAGGCAGCUUUGGAUUGUGUGUAAAGAUCACAGCAGCUUCUUUGGGGACACCUUUGCAUAUUACCAGAACUUGACUCGGGAGAAUAUGCCACCGAAUCCUGGUCGUAUACAAGAGAGCAGAUAUUCCUGCGACUCAUGGAUAUUUGAUUUUUGUUCGUAUCAUCGUCAUAACAAGGGAGAGGAAUGUAUAAAACCGAUGGCAACCGAGGAAAUGAUACAGGAUGAUGAGCCUGAGUAUCAUGACUAUUUUGCCGACAUGACUGUUGCUGAAAGUAGAGAAUGA